AACAUCGUGCUUGCUUUUCAUCAUAAGGUCAUUAAAGAGGAUCAGAAAGACGAAUAUUAUUGUCUCUAUAUACAAUGUUCGGUAUUCAGUGAUAAGAAGGAUAUACUUGUACGCUAUUUUUCAAUUUGUAAGAUGAGAACUGCUACUAUGGAACACUUGCUAACUUUUGUGUCACUAAUGAUUUCAUCAGUGAUCAGUGAACAUAUAGUUACUGUUCAAACAAAUCUUGGUUCUAUCAAAGGAAUCGCAUCAAAAGUAUCAUUUGACAAUAAAACACACGUUUAUACUGUUUUCAAGAAAAUACCAUACGCUAAACCACCAAUCGGAGAUCUUCGAUUUAAAGACGCAGCUUCAUUUGGUCCAUGGAAUGUAACAUUAGAUGCAACACAAUUCGGUCCAUCGUGUUAUCAACAAUACACCGGCGGCUAUGAUGAAUUCUUGCCUAAUUUAGAGAUGAGCGAAGACUGUCUAUUCUUGAAUAUUUACGUACCUGCUAGUGCCUCGGUUAAAAAUAAAAAAUCAGUAAUGAUAUGGAUUCAUGGCGGUGGAUAUGUUGUUGGACAGGGUAUGUUUUAUGAUGGUUCUUUCUUAAGUACCAUUGGAGAUGUGAUUGUUGUAACUUUAAACUAUCGGUUGGAUGUGUUUGGAUUCUUUACAACUUCAGACGGUAUGUCAGGUGGUAAUUAUGGCUUCAAUGAUCAGAGAAAAGCAAUUCAGUGGGUUAACGAUAAUAUUGAAAGUUUUGGUGGUGAUACACAAUCCAUUACUUUAUUUGGUGAAUCGGCCGGUGGAUUCAGUGUAGGCUUGCAAGCAAUAUAUCCUGCCAACAAGGGACUCUUUCAUCGGGUCAUUGAGCAAAGUGGUACAGGUAACAGCCUUUUUUCUGAUACCCCAAAACAUUUCUUGGGAAGUGAAAUGGUAAUUCAGUCACUUAACUGUAGUAAUGGUACGCCGUCUGAACGAACAUUGUGCAUGCAAAGUAAAAGUGCUGAAGAAAUUCUAAAUGCAUCUAUAUCACUACCCAUAUUUGGUUCAGGGUCACUAGAUAUUCAUCAAAUUGCUUACUGGACACCUUAUUUCAAAGAGGACCCAAGGAAAUUAAUGCGAAAUCCGCGUUCCCGUGCCGUUGAGUUCUUUAGAUCGUUAGACGUUAUAAUAGGAACAUGCGAAUCAGAGGGGUCAUUAUUGUUUGAAUAUCUGGAACUUUUACGAAACAAAUUAUCCUUCAACAUAUCACAAGGAAUAACAUCUGAUUUUAUGUGUAAGCAUAUUGUUCAGCCAAUUACAGAAGAUUUUUAUAAUAACAGCACUGCUAUACGUAGUGCUAUGUGCCAAAAAUAUCAAAAUAAAAGUUCAAUUGCGGAUCAAGGACAAAAUGUUAUAAACUUGUUUAGUGACUUAUUUUUCCACAGUCCAGCAGUACAAAGUUUGAACAUUCAUGCCAUAAACAAUAAUACAACUAAACAGUUUCAGUAUGUCAACGAAAGACGAUCUAUAUUUUCGAGUUCCCUCAGUCGUUACCCAUGGUUUAAAGGAGCAGCUCACGGUGAUGAAUUACCAUACAUUUUCCCGUUCCAAUUACCAUCAUUGCCCUCCGCAACCGAUGAUGACAUUUCUUUCAGUCUGAAGAUGAUGAAAUAUUGGAGUAAUUUUGCAAAGACUGGGAAUGUCAACGGUAAUGGUGUACCAGAGUGGCCAGAGUAUGAUAUUGUAACAAAGAAGUAUUCUCUUCUCGAUGUCAAUCCGGUGAUACAGAAUAACUUGUACAAAGACCGAAUGGACUUUUGGUUAACUCAGAUACCAGCCUUAAAAUCAGGAACAACGCCUUGUAUGACGCCAGAGUGUAUAUUUGGAUAAAUGGACUGAGUUCUACAAGUUGAAAUAAUGGAAACUAAUAACGCCUUGUACUACACUAGGUUGUAUAUGUGAAUAAAUUGAACUAUUUAA